UCCAGACGUGACCCCCAGCAGAAGCACACAUCACUGUUUCAAACCUUUGGAGUGUCAUUCGUGAAGGGAUGAGAUGGCAGCUAUUCAGUCAUAAUUUCCAAGGGUCCCUGGCUCUACCCUCCAGUUAUUCUAACUUAACAGUAAGUUCUCAGCAGAGUCUGUCUUCUCUUGACCCUAGGAGACCCUGCCGUCUGCAGUGCUAUGUGUGUAGCUAGUGGGUACCCAAUGGAGUAGCUGUAGAAUGGGGGCAUGUAAGCUCCAUGAGGGCAGCAGGGAGGGUGAGGGCAAGUUCAGCCUUUUCUCAUGGUCGCUGGCUCAUAGAAAGUGUUUAUCAGUAACUGUUGGAUAAAUGAAUGCACUGACCCGGACACUUCAUUUUAGGAGCACAGGAUUUCAUUUGGUUGAUUUUCGUUAGUUGGGCUGUGUAUAGAAGAAAGGUGUGUUCACCUUGUUUGCAGAAUGAAUCUUUAGUGGAAAAUCCAAGGAUUUUAAAGAUUCUGGUGGAGGGCAUAAGUCUAACACGAAGCACGGGAGGUGGGCUUCACAUGGGCCGAUGGAACCAUCUGCAGCGUCCCCUGCAAGUGGUGUGUAGGAGACUCUGAAUGGAAAUAAAGUUAAUUGUACUUUUUCUCCUUUUCUCUAUUUUUGUCCUCUAGAUUCGCCAAAACCACCUGUUGCUCCCAAGCCAAAGACUACCAGUCCACUGACGCCAGUGACUGUGCCCAAAUUCCCUUCCUCACCCAGGCCCGAUAGUCUUCACAGUCCAAACUCCAUGUUCAGGGGUCCGAAGCCCCCCAUUGCCCCCAAGCCCAGACUGACUGCCCCAAACGAGUGGAGAGCCAGUGUGUACCUGAAUGACAGCUUGAACAAAUGCAGCAAUGGGCGGCUGCUCUGUGUAGACAGGGGGCUUGAUGAAGGGCCCCGGUCCAUCCCGAAGUGCUCUGAGUCAGAGACUGACGAGGAUUACAUCGUAGUCUCCAGGGCUCCGCUGAGGGAGGAUGAACCCAAGGAUGGGGGCAGUGCAGGGAAUGCAGCCCUGGUGUCUCCUGAGGCCUCUGGGGAAGAGGAAAAGGAGUGUGAAGAGGGAGGUGAGGCAUGUGGCCUGGAGGGGAUGGGAGCUGGGGAGGACUUGGCAGUGACUGCUGCCCUAGCUGCAGUAUCACUGAGCAGGGAGGGUGAGGAAGGCACAGACCUCGCUCCUGAGGACCAAGGAGAGGGCUGUGGCCAUAAGCUAGGGACACUGGAGCAGGUGUCCAGAAGUGAGGAGGAAGAGAAACUGGUGCAGCCACGCAGGAAAUGCAGUCUGGAGGAUGGUGGGCCUUGGGCUGGAGAGGCAGUCUUCCAGAGUGACCUCUUCCUGCCUCACAUCCAUGGAGAGGAGCACGAGCCCCCCGACACCCCUGGGGAGGCAGAGGAGGAUGAUGAGGAAGGCUGUGCCAGCACGGACCCAGCAGGGGCAGAUGAGGGUUUGGGUCCUGACAGGCCCAAAGACAUGGGACAGGAUGCUGAGGAAGCCAGCAAGGAGCCUCCUGAGAAGCUGGCCAUGGGGGUCCAGGAGGCAGAGAUGGCCACAGACAGCCCUGAGGUUCCUGAGGAGGGAUGGGAAGAAGCCACAGGUGUCACAGUUGGGGAGCAGGUUGUCUUCAGUGAACCACCUGACCACGAGGAGGAAACCAACCAAAAAGUGGCAGCCGCCACCUUGGAGGACCGCGCACAGGAUGAGCCUGCCGAGGAGAGCUGCCAGAUCAUCCUUUUCCAGAACAACUGCAUGGACAACUUUUCCAUCACGGGAAGCCCCUACAAGUUCUUCCCAACAGAGAGCACCUCUUUUUGUAGUGAGAGCUGUUCUCCUCCUUCUGAGUCAAUGAAAGGCUUAGAAUCAGAGCAGGCACCAAAGUUGGGGCUGUGUGUGGAGGAGGACCCCGUGGUCGGGGCUUUGUGUGGCCAGCAUGGCUCCCUGCAAGAUGGAGCGGCAGAGGGUCCUACAGCCCCUGAUGUGGUGGUCCUGCCGAAGGAGAAGGUGGGGGAGGAGUAGGGGGAGGGGGAGGAGGAGAAGGAGGAGGUCUUCGUGGAUGACAUGCUGGCCAACCCCUAUGUGAUGGGAGUG